AUGGGGGAAACCGUACUUCCCCAUCUAGCUACUCUAGGUUGGGGGGUCGGUCCUGGGGGAGAGGUUAUAGACACCUUCCCAUACUUUGUUUCUGGAGUACUUCACUUAAUUUCCUCUGCGGUAUUAGGAUUUGGCGGUAUUUAUCAUGCACUUCUGGGACCUGAGACUCUUGAAGAAUCUUUUCCAUUUUUCGGUUAUGUAUGGAAAGAUAGAAAUAAAAUGACUACCAUUUUGGGUAUUCACUUAAUCUUGUUAGGUAUAGGGGCUUUUCUUCUAGUAUUCAAGGCUUCUUAUUUUGGGGGUAUAUAUGAUACUUGGGCUCCCGGGGGAGGAGAUGUAAGAAAAAUUACCAAUUUGACCCUUAGUCCAAGUAUUAUAUUUGGUUAUUUACUAAAAUCACCUUUUGGGGGAGAGGGGUGGAUUGUUAGUGUGGACGAUUUGGAAGACAUAAUUGGGGGACAUGUAUGGUUGGGUUCCAUUUGUAUACUUGGUGGAAUCUGGCAUAUUUUAACAAAACCCUUUGCAUGGGCUCGGCGUGCACUAGUAUGGUCUGGAGAAGCUUACUUGUCUUAUAGUUUAGCAGCUUUAUCCGUUUUUGGUUUUAUUGCUUGUUGCUUUGUCUGGUUUAAUAAUACCGCUUAUCCUAGUGAGUUUUAUGGACCCACUGGACCAGAAGCUUCUCAAGCUCAAGCAUUUACUUUUCUAGUUAGAGACCAGCGUCUUGGGGCUAAUGUAGGAUCCGCUCAAGGGCCUACCGGUUUAGGUAAAUACCUAAUGCGUUCUCCGACCGGAGAAGUCAUUUUUGGAGGAGAAACUAUGCGGUUUUGGGAUCUUCGUGCUCCUUGGUUGGAACCUCUAAGGGGUCCAAAUGGUUUGGACUUGAGUAGACUCAAAAAAGACAUACAGCCUUGGCAAGAACGUCGUUUCGCGGAAUAUAUGACUCACGCUCCUUUAGGUUCCUUAAAUUCCGUGGGGGGUGUAGCUACGGAGAUCAAUGCAGUCAAUUACGUUUCUCCUAGAAGUUGGUUAGCUACUUCUCACUUUGUUCUAGGAUUCUUUCUAUUCGUGGGUCAUUUAUGGCACGCUGGAAGAGCUCGCGCAGCUGCCGCGGGAUUUGAAAAAGGAAUUGAUCGAGAUUUUGAACCUGUUCUUUCCAUGACUCCACUUAAUUGAGACAUGAGAUCUAAUGCUUGACGUAGUAAUCAUUUUGAUUUGACUAUAUAUUGGGUUGAGUGGAGCAGAUCAUAUUGAAAAAGUAUUUUCUUUUCAACUUAUUUAUAUAUCUAAUUUUUUCGGGCUUGGCUAAGUGGUGAUAUAGCCAAGCCCGAAAAAACGAGCCAACCAAGAAUCAAAAAAAAACCAUUCGACAAAAAAAGGAGAGAGAGGGAUUCGAACCCUCGAUAAUUCUUUCAAACUAUACCGGUUUUCAAGACCGGGGCUAUCAACCACUCAGCCAUCUCUCCAAAA